GGCAGAGGUAGUGGCUGGCCCUUCUGGCAUUAAUUUUGACAGACCUUCGAUUUCCUACCGAUUGUUUGCAGUGCAAUGUGGUCGUCGGGUACCUGGCCACUUCCUACUUUAAGUUGCAUGUCAGGGAACCUUGCAACGGCUUCACGUUUUCCCUCAAAGCACCAGCACAUUUUUAUCAACCAACAGUUUAAGUUGCCUCAGAGUGGAACCUUGAUCCGUGCAGCUGCUGCAAGAUGGCGAAGCACUGCUACUGACCCUGCCGUUUCUUCUGAUUCAUACAGUGGUGGAGGUGUUUGUUUUGAUUUAACUCCAGAACAGAAAGAAAUUCAGCUCUUGGCUCGCAAAUUUUGCAGGGAAGAGAUUGUACCAAAAGCUUCUGAAUAUGACAAAACUAUGGAGUACCCAUGGGAGAUUGUCAAGCAGUGCUGGGAGCUAGGUUUGAUGAAUCCACAUAUUCCUACUGAUUGUGGUGGUUUGGGGUUAGGCACUUUUGAAGGUUGCUUGAUUACAGAAGAAAUAGCCUAUGGUUGCACUGGAAUGCAGACUGCUAUAGAAGCAAAUAACCUUGGGCAAAUGCCAGUCAUCAUAGCAGGCAACAAGGAACAGCAAAUGAAGUAUUUGGGAAGGAUGACUGAAGAGCCAUUGAUGUGUGCUUAUGGUGUAACAGAGCCUGGUGCUGGGUCUGAUGUUGCUGGUAUUUGCACCCGAGCUGAAAAGAAAGGAGAGGAAUAUGUCAUUAAUGGUACAAAAAUGUGGAUUACUAAUGGUGCAGUGGCUAACUGGUAUUUCCUGCUUGCAAGAACUAACCCAGAUCCCAAGUGUCCUGCUUCUAAAGCUUUUACAGGAUUUAUUGUUGAUGCGGAUUCCCCUGGCUUGACAAAAGGUCGAAAAGAGAUCAACAUGGGACAACGAUGCUCAAACACAAGUGGCUUUACACUGGAGGAUGUUGUUGUGCCGAAAGAAAAUGUGCUGAUGGGUGAAGGAGCUGGUUUCAAAAUUGCCAUGGGAGCUUUCGAUCGUACUCGUCCGCCUGUUGCUGCUAGUGCUGUUGGUCUAUCUCAGAGGGCUUUAGAUGAAGCUACUAAAUAUGCUCUAGAGAGGAAAACAUUUGGUACUCAAAUUGUCAACCACCAGGCUGUUUCUUUCAUCUUGGCUGAAAUGGCCAUGGAGACUGAGUUGGGCCGAUUAGCAUGGAUGAAAGCUGCUUGGGAAGUAGACCAGGGUCGACGUAAUACAUAUUAUGCUUCCAUUGCCAAGGGAUUUGCUGGAGAUGCUGCAAAUAGGGCUGCCACUAAUGCUGUGCAGGUAUUUGGAGGUAAUGGAUUCAAUACCGAAUAUCCAGUGGAGAAGCUGAUGCGUGAUGCCAAGAUUUUCCAAAUCUAUGAAGGAACAGCUCAAGUUCAGCGACUUAUCAUUGCUCGUGAACAUCUUGCCCGAGCCAAGAUGGGCCUUUUAUAAUGUAAAUGAGGUUUCCUGUCAUGAAAAAUUUUGUCAUGGGUAAUGGGUACCAGAUAUAUUAUGUCAAUUAAUGUAAAUAAGAUAGAAUAUAUAUGAAAUAAGUUAGUUCCUAAAAACUUUUUUUAUUCAAUCUAAUAAUUACAAGAAGGAAACAUGGCUGUAAAGACAAAUCAGGACCAUUCCUAAAUUAGCAGGUUGCAAUUUGUGAUGAAUAUACUAUGGCCAGCUAGAAAAAUUAUUUUGUUAGGCAGACCUUUCGUCGUGCAUGUGUCCUUUCAUGGAUUAGAAUAUAAAAUUUAAGGAUAAAGUCAUAUAUUUAAUGUCUAAAACUACAAAACUAAUUGAAGGUAUCUGUUUGUCUAGAUGGGGCGUUUUCCAUUUUUUGGAACACCACUUUUGCUUUUAAUACAUGUAUAUUAUUGAUAAAUCACUGUGUACCUACUUGUGAAUAAGUUAGUAGUUACCAUAAAUACUAGGCCCAUUACUUUAAAAAAUACUGUGUAUUAUAUAAAAAUAAUUACCAUGAACACCAGGCCCACUACUUAAAAAAAUGCUGGGGUAAUACAUAUAUAAAAAUUUCUGAAAAUAUAGAUAAAGUUGUAAAAAAAUGCUGGAGUGUUACAUAUAUAAAAAUUUCUGAAAAUAUAAGUAAAGUUGU